UCAUCACAGCGUCAAAAUCAUAAGUUAACUACAUACGAAAGGGUAAGUAAAGGCUUACCAGAUGAGAAAAUUAAUCGAGAGAUUACUCUAGGAAAGCGCAUCAGCCAUUAUAAAUUACGAGGUGAAUUAGGAAAUGGGAAUUUCUCUCAAGUUAAAUUGGGCAUCCAUGAUCUGACUAAUGAUCGAGCAGCAGUUAAGAUUCUGGACAAGACCAAAUUAGAUGACAAAACACGCAAAUUAUUAUCGUGCGAAGUAGAUGCUAUGGAUAGACUUCAUCAUCCCAAUGUUAUUCGAUUAUAUGAAGUGGUAGAAACAAUUGAACGAUUUUACCUAAUUAUCGAAUAUGCAUCUGGUGGCGAAUUAUACACGUAUAUAUCAAAAGGAGGACGAAUGAAGGAAGAAGAAGCGAAGCCUUUAUUCGCUCAAAUUGUUUCAGCUAUCGAACAUAUUCAUCAAAAUGAUAUUGUCCAUCGCGAUGUUAAAGCUGAAAAUAUCCUCUUUUCGUCUAAUAAUAAGCAAGUGAAAGUAGCCGAUUUUGGUUUUAGUACAUUUGCUAAAGCGACCACCAAAUUAAAUACUUUCUGCGGUUCACCACCUUAUGCUGCACCAGAAUUAUUUAAAGAUGAUUAUUAUUAUGGCCCACUCGUUGAUAUUUGGGCUCUUGGUGUAUUAUUGUAUUUCAUGGUGGUUGGUACAAUGCCAUUUCGAGCUGAAACUGUGGAUAAAUUGAAAGAUUGUAUCUUAGAAGGACGUUAUGUCUUUCCAUCGUUUGUUAGCCAAGACUGCAAAAUAUUGAUUACCAGUAUUUUAAGGCAUAAUCCUAGAGAACGGUAUAGCAUUCGUGAAAUUAUAGAAAGUUCAUUUUUAGAACAAAUUGAAUUUCCAAAGCCUUAUCCUCCAUGUAAGAAUACACCAACAUUUCAUCACGGUGAUGAUCAAGAUUUUGAAAGUAUGCAAGAAAUCGAGGAAACAGCUAAUAAACAAUUACGGCAAUUGGGUAUUACUAAAGAAAUGUAUGAUAAAGGCGAUCACAAAGACUAUCGCAAUAAUGUAACCGGAACUUAUCGAAUUAUUUUAUUUGGAAUGCAACGACGA